AUGCCCGCCGGCAUGCUGCCUGCUUCUGCCACUGCUCGUGCUUUGCCUUUGUUGCCUGCCUUUUCUGCGUCCGCUGCUCCUGCUGCUUCCGCACCUACUCCUCUUCCGACCGAUCUUUCAGCUUGUCCUCUGUCCCUUCGCGGGGAUCCAGAGGGCGCUCGGGCCCUUUUUGGGUCCGGGCCGGACGGCCGUGGUCCACCGAUAUCGGACCCGGCGUCCUUCCGCCCACCGCGCCCCGAUUCCUAUGGGCCGGUGGCUGGCCGCGGUGGAGCCUCGCUCCCCGAUGAGCCCAUGAGCGAGCAUCCGGGUGCACCCCAUGAUUCCGUCGCAACGAUUACCGCGACGGGUCAUGGUGGUGCCGCCCCCGCCAUCGAUAACGGCGGGUGGCAUACCGGACCCUGUGCUGUCAGGGCCCUGGUCGAUGAAGCCAUUGGGUCGGAAGCAUCCGCGCGCAUCGCCACCGAUAUUCUGGCGAUCGCGCAGGGUGUGACCAACACCCAGGCCGACCUCGAUAGACUGAGGAACGGCGUCUCGGAUAUCACCGAAGCGCUUGAGAGCAAGAUCCGAGACAUGUGGGAGCUUCUUCAGGCCGAAUUGAGGAAAGAGCGUGAGCUGUUCAUGCAGUUUCAGGACUCUUUCCGCGAGAGGCGGAUUUCUGAUCACGAGACGCUUGAAGAUCAUUUUGCGAAGCUCACCUCGACGAUCAAUGAUCGACUUAUUGAGUUCGAUGAGCGGAUCCAUCAGUUCAACGAAAAGCGUGCUGGAUCGCUAUCCAUGCAGCUUGCCGAGACGAUCCGCCACAUCAAGCAGUACCCAGACGCGCUGCGGCAGAUUCAGAUCAAUAUCUCUAAUGCCGAAGCGCGCGUUGCUGCUGUGGAGCAGAAUGCUACUCACCGCAUCGAAGUCAUCAGAUCCGAGAUGAGUCGCGCUCUCUACGAUCAUAAGGAGAGUAACCGAGCUCAUAUCGAUCAGCUGACUGCUCGAAUCCAGCACCUCGAGAACGCUCAUGUCCGCAGAGGCGGUUCUGAUAGAUCGACGCCUUCGCGUCCAGAACGAACGCAGUUCUUCGAUAUCAGUGACCAUGGUGGGGAUAUUCCACGCCCUGCGGACCUGCCGCCAGUUCCAGGUGCUCUAUUCCCUGGCGGACCGACUACGGCCAUUCCGAGGUCUUCCCUGUUGGGUCCGAUCGAUCAUGGCUCUCCGCCGGGAUGCAAUGCUGCGCCUGCUGAAAAGGCCUCAAAGGUUCACUCUCAGACGAGUGGAAUCAAUCUCGAUGAAAUUCUGAGGCGAGCGCAGCAACGAGUCGCUGACGAACAACCUGCCGAAAGUCGUGGGCAAAAUAAUCCUGUUGAGCCCAUCCGACAUGAUUUUGGUCAAACGUCGGCGUGUUUUUCAGGAAGAUCGCCGAAUCAGGCCGUUCCUUCCGCAAAUGCCGCCGGAGCGACUUCCGGUCAGACUCCGAGCCUCAGGCCAUUUCAAGUCGAUGAUGCUCCUCGCGCUGACAUCCGACACGUCCCUGAAGCCCGGAGCUUCGCUCCUGAGCCCAGGUCAAGCCCGACCUUCCCAUGCCAAAUCUCCUAUGACACUCGAACUGUCCCGGCAGGGAAGGGACCGUCACGAUGGUAUGAUGCGAUGCUUGGCCGAUCGAAUCUCAUUGGCAACGGUGCUGGCGCACCAAUUCUCCAUAGUGAGACCGGUACUUUUACCCUUGCGCCGAACACGAGCGUUACUGCGACGCUUCAGCAUGAUGCGGCCAAUGAUGCCAUGCCCCCGAUGCCCACCUUCAGUGCCAGAACGUCCAUUCCUGCACCCAGUGCCGCGCCAUCCGGAUUUGGUGGACCGCCUCCCGCGUAUAACGGAGGCGGCGGUUAUUCUGGUGGUGAUGGCCCCAACGAUAAUGGGGGUGCAUAUGGCGGUGGCUUCGGAGGACAUGGGCACCACGGGUCGGUUUUGGUCCCGGUGGCGGUGGUGGCCCACCCGACGGCCCACCUGGUGGUCCGCCUGGUGGUGGUGGCCCUCCUGACGGGAGUGGUCCGCCCGAUGGCGGCCUUGAUCCGCCUAGCAUCAGGCCCUCCGGUCGGCCGAGUGGUAACGAUACGUUCCAGUGCGAGCGAUGCACCGGAACUUACCCGACCAUCGUGCGACGGUCGUGCAUCUCUUGCCGAUUCUCGGAAUCCACCUGGUCCCAACGAUUCGGGAUUCGGUGGACCCAAGGGCGAUGGAUCACUGAGCGAGGCCAAGAAGGCGAAGUGCAAGUCCUUUCGUCUCGAUCCUGAGCCGGAGCCUGCUCAGUUGCGACGCUGGAUUGUCGAUAUGAAAGAGCGAGUCGCGAAUGCAUUCGCCUACGAUCCCGGAUACGCACUCUCAUGGGUUGAGAUUCCCGAUGGUACGCGAUAUGAGGAUCUCCUCGAUGAGUGCAAGUACGGAAUGCUUGAAAAUGAAUGCAACUCUGCGUUCCGUGAGUGCGUCCGAUCCAUUGCACUGAAGAAUAAGAUCCAGACCGAGACCGAGCGCAUGCAUACGAUAAACCGGCGACUCGGAAGUAGGCAGAUCUUGUGGCUAUUGUAUGAUUUCCUUCGACCACAUGUCACCGGCGAUUCAACUUUCAAGCUCGUUGACCUGAUGAAGACCACGAUUGAUCGGUUUACUCAUGGAUCCGAGCAGGAAAGGUUAGAAGCCUUCUCCAAUCGGUGGGAUCAUGUUCUCGCUGGUAUCUCAGUCGAUCGCCCCGAGGAUCCUGUUCUCUGCGCUCUCUUUUAUGAGCAGGUGCGUGAGUUCCGCUGUCUCGAGCUCGACAUGCAGCUAUGGGACAGGGACGUAUCCGUACGGAACUACGCAUACUUGCGAACCGUCUGCGUCAAUGCGAUUACAACUUGGCGCCGACGACGCAAUCAGGAGAAGAUGUACACCGUCAAAGGGGGUCAAGAUCGCCUGGGCGUCGUGACUCCAGAAAAGGGAGUCCGUACCGAAGGAGCUCGCCGAGGCGCUCGUCACCCAGACGAUCCUCCCCGCGACGCGGAUCGCCAAGACGAUAUUCCCGCAGUCCGGGACGAGCAGCUCCCGCACCGACUCGCCCAAUGUCGCGAUCCCUGCGAGGACGGGAAAUCUGCUACGAUUUCAAGAAAGGCAGAUGCACGCGAGGAAGCGGAUGCAAGUUCUCCCAUAACCUGA